AUGACCUGGCCCAUUAAAUUAUUAAUUAGGGGGGGGGGGCAACAGAAGGGAGGGAAAGGAAAGAAAAAGGAUCCCAAUGUUCCUAGAAGGCCUCCAUCUGCUUUCUUCCUGUUUUGCUCUGAACAUCGCCCAAAGAUAAAAAGUGAACACCCUGGCCUAUCCAUUGGGGAUACUGCAAAAAAGCUGGGUGUAAUGUGGUCUAAACAGUUAGCUAAAGAUAAACAGCCAUCUGAGCAGAAAGCAGCUAAACUAAACGAAAAAUCUGAAAAGGAUAAUGCUGCAUACUGUGCCAAGGGCAAAAAUGAAGCAGGAAAGAAGAGUCCUGGCAGGCCAGCAGGCUCAAAGAAUGAGCCAGACUAUGAGGAAGAGGAGGAAGAAGAUGAAGAUGAUGAGGAAGAGGAGGAAGACGAAGAACAAGAGGUUAUCCUGUGUUGAUGUGUGAAUCAUGCAUGUGUGCUCAGGCAACUGUUUUGCUAAGAAUAUGAAUUCAAGUGCAGUUCAAUAUUAGCUUCAAUAUAAAAACUGUACAGAUUUUUGUAUAGCUAAAAUUCUUUGUAGAGAAAAUACUUUUUUAUAUUUAUUUAUUUCCUUUUGUUGCUCUUUUUUAAUAUUUAUUUUAUUUAUUCCCUUUUGUUGCCCUUGUUGUUUUAUUGUUGUAGUUAUUAUUGUUGUUGUCGUUGUUGGAUAGGACAGAGAGAAAUGGAGAGAGGAGGGGAAGACAGAGAGGAGGAGAGAAAGAUAGACACCUGCAGACCUGCUUCACCGCCUGUGAAACGACUCCCCUACUGGUGGGGAGCCGGGGUUCGAACCGGGAUCCUUAUGCCGGUCCCUGUGCUUUGCGCCACCUGCGCUUAACCCGCUGCGCUACAGCCCGACUCCCUUGUUGCUC